UGCGCCACAUCUGGAAUAGUAGCUGCAGAGAAAGACGUCGAGAGAAGCAGAACCUCGCUGAUACUUGUCCCAACUCUCAGCACUCCCUUUUUCUUUACGGAUACAAACCUCUUGCUUUGCCUAUUUAUCUACCUGUAAAGAUGCUGCUCUUCCUGCUCGGAGUGCUUGUUUUGCACAUAAUCAUUCUCAUUCUUCUCAUUGUGUCGACAGCAGCCAGUGCCUGGUCUGUAGGUGGGGAUAGUAGCACAGAUCUAUGGUACAAUUGCAUGACAAUUAAUGGAGGCUACCACUGCAAGCCGGCCGGCAAUGAAGACUGGAUCCAGGCAGUGCAGGCCCUCAUGAUCCUGUCCCUGCUCUUCUGCUUCUUCUCCCUCAUUGCAUUCGUGUUUCAGCUGUUCAAACUGGUCAAGGGCGGACGCUUCUUCUUCACCGCCAUCUUCCAGAUCUUGGCCAGUGUGUUUGUGAUGUGCGGGGUGAUCAUCUACACCGUGAUGCGUCCGGAUGAUGCAUCCGGCACACAGUUCGGCUACGCCUAUGUGCUGGCCUGGGUGGCUUUCCCUCUGUGUCUCAUCAGUGGCCUCAUUUAUAUCAUCCUGAGGAAGAAAGAAUGAGAGAGAGAGAGAGCAGAGGAGAAAAAGAGGAGGGGUAGUAAGGUGACCCCUUACAACAACAUCGCACUGUGCCUACUGCCCACAGACCAUAGACUGACAUCCCAACGAUACAACAAAAGUACAUGUGUCACCAAUAAUUGUAAACAUUUAAACAGACAUUUAUCACUGCUGGGGAUUCAUUUUGCUGUAUUUCAGUAUAUCCACUACAUCCCCAUCACAUGCUGAAAACUAUCACACCUGUUUGCUUUGUCGAUUUCAACAGUGUUACUACACGUUUCCUGCAGUGACAGAUUGUCUCCAAAAUGGGUUUAUAAAUGUGUUGGCGACAGAUUGAUUUUUUUUGUUGCAUGCUGGCAUCCGACUUCCACAAAUCCAUCAUGUGUGACACAACAAAGACGAGUAAUCUCUGCCUUGCUUCAGUACAAAGAUGUACAUAGUGUCUGUGGUUUUUAGACAUAUUUAUAACAUUUUUACAUACAUUUUUGUACAUAGUGUUGUCAAGUUAACAUUGUCUUGCUCAUUUACGUGAUAAGAGUUUUUUUUGUCUCUCACAAAUCAUGCAGCUGUGCCAAAGAGAUGUCCCUUAAUCUGCCUGAGUAUCAAGCUUUUUUUUAAAAAUUUUGAGUGUCCAAUGCUUUGAAUCACGUGCCUUACUUAGAAUAUCUGUGUUGUUCAUGAAGGAAAUGAGUAACUCUACAGACAUUUAAAAAAAUAGCAAUAAGAAGUCUUAAUAAACUCAUGAAGUUUUCCUGAAUUAUCAUUGUACUUGUGUCAUUUUGUUUUUUGCAUUUUGUAAUCUAGGUUUGAAAAAUGGUGCUUUUGAUCUACUAUUCUUGAAAUGUAUAGCCUACUUUGUGUUGCAAGUGUGUCAUGUCCUGUGAUUAAUUUGCUUUGUACAAACCCCAGUGUGCAUUUUUGUCAGUAUUCUUCUAAAUAAACCCUUUGAAAUGAA